UGCAAGGCCCAUAAAACUCAAACCUCAAAUCAACUCAUAUUUUUGUGCAUUCAAGAGUUUCUCAUUCUAGUUGUACAAUGGCUGCUGCUACAAUGGCUCUUUCUUCAUCUACAUUUGCUGGAAAGGCAGUAAACCUCUCACCAUCUUCCUCUGAAAUCACCGGAAAUGGAAGAUUCACCAUGAGGAAGGCUGCCACCAAGGCCAAGCCUGUCUCUUCUGGUAGUCCAUGGUAUGGUCCUGAUCGUGUCAAGUAUUUGGGCCCAUUCUCUGGUGAAUCCCCAAGCUACUUGACUGGUGAAUUUCCUGGUGACUAUGGAUGGGACACUGCUGGACUUUCAGCCGAUCCAGAAACUUUUGCCAAGAAUCGUGAGUUGGAGGUGAUCCACUGUAGAUGGGCCAUGCUUGGAGCUCUUGGUUGUGUCUUUCCUGAGCUCUUGGCCCGUAACGGUGUAAAGUUUGGUGAGGCUGUUUGGUUCAAAGCUGGAUCUCAAAUUUUCAGCGAGGGUGGACUUGAUUACUUGGGCAAUCCAAGUUUGGUCCAUGCACAAAGUAUCUUGGCCAUUUGGGCUUGCCAAGUUGUGUUGAUGGGAGCCGUCGAGGGUUACCGUAUUGCUGGUGGGCCUCUUGGUGAGGUUGUUGACCCACUUUACCCUGGUGGUAGCUUCGACCCAUUGGGCCUUGCUGAUGAUCCAGAGGCUUUUGCUGAACUCAAAGUGAAGGAGAUUAAGAAUGGUAGACUUGCUAUGUUCUCCAUGUUUGGAUUCUUCGUUCAAGCUAUUGUCACCGGAAAAGGUCCAUUGGAAAAUCUUGCAGACCACCUUGCUGAUCCAGUUAACAACAAUGCAUGGGCUUUUGCCACAAACUUUGUUCCCGGAAAGUGAACUUCUUAAAAUAGUGUCUUCUAGUAGUAUUUGAUUUGUUUGAUAUCUAGCCCUGUAAAGCAAGCUAUUGUAAAUUACUGGAGAUUAUAUAUGAAUUUUUAUUUGAUCUCCCA